AGUCGAUUUUUUAACGCCAAGAUGGGAGCUAGCAGAAGCGCUUGUAUGAGUGUGCUCCUCAAGUGGCUGAUCCUCUACGGAAUCGAGCAUUCCGUCGUGACUGGAGCCCGGUACAAUAGCAUUAACAGUAUGACUCGAAUGCAAAUGCAGGGUGGAGCCAAGCCGGAUACCAGAGAGGAGCACAUGGCCCGCCAACUGAUGGCCUCGGACAUGCAAAAGUACAUGAACCAAAGCGCCGAUCCCUGCACGGAUUUCUUCGAGUACGCCUGCGGUCACUGGGGAGACUACCAGAAGCGGCAGCUGCGUCUUGGGGAGCUGUACACCGCCCAGCAAGUAAUGGAGACCAGGAUCUCGGACCAGUUGCAGCAGCUGCUCACACAACCACUGCCGCCGCAGCGUCACCCAAACGGCUACAGUGAACCCAGUAUGGCGAAUGUGAGGAAAGCUCGAGCCUUCUAUGAAUCCUGCGUGGCCGUAGAGGCGAAUGCUGGAGAAAGGCGUCGCUUUCUCACGAAGAUUCUGAAAGAGAAUGGCGGACUGCGCAAUGUUCCAAACUCCAACUGGCAGCAGAACCGCCAUUGGGUUCAUACUCUGGCUGAUGUGAAGAGGAGAUACGGAUUGGACAUUCUGCUGGGACUGGAAAUCGAUCUGAACCUGCAGAAUAUGCAGGGGAAUAGCAUAUAUUUCGGAGAGCCCAAGCUCACGCUAAUUCCCGAGGAGCACUGCAAUGCGGUGACCGCCAAGGGGGCACAAGUGACGGACGAGGUCUACAAGCGGGUCCAACAGCAGGUGGCUGAGAACAUACGGGAUUGGUUCGGGGUGGACACAGGAGAGGCUGACCGCUUUGCCAGAGACAUUGUGCGUUUCGAAUUUCAACUCUGCAAGAGAUUGAGGGAGCAGGAUAUUCAAAUGUCCGAGGAGGAGUUUCCGCCGCCCAUUGCCGGCCAAAUUUUAGGAGCUCGCUCGCGAACAGGCCAGAAUCGAUUACACCGCCAAAGGGGAGGGACGAAUCUCAACGAACUGACCAAUGAAAUGGGGAAUGUGUUGGACUUUAAGAUGUUUGUAGAGCUAGUCCUGGAGAAUCCAUAUGCGAAUUCAGUAUACCUGCGUUCCCCGGAAUACAUAAAGCAUUUGAUACAAACAGUGAAGAUCACCAACCGACUGACUAUUGGUGGCUACAUUAUAUACGUAGCACUCAACGAACUCAACCAGCCUCCGGAGGAACCUCCUUCACAGCGCGCUCGCCAGUGCGCCCAAAUAACGCAGCGCCUCUUUCCCCAAGUUCUGGGCGAGAUGUUCCAGCGCCAGGUGCAGCGAGAUAAUGCCAAACAUGAUCUGGACGCAGUUUUUCGCGAUGUAAUCAAGGCACUCGAGCAGCAGAUGCGUGUGGAAUGGCUGGACGAGAACGAUCGAAGGGCGGUGAGGACCAGACUCUCCCAGUAUCGCGCCCUGCUUCCGGACUACCAGAGUUUGGACCUCUCCGACUUGCAGUUUCAGAAACAGGACGACUACUGGCGUCGCUUGGAGAUUGUGCUCAAAUAUCGCUCCAGACGGCAGUUUGAAAGCUUAAACGGUAACGAUUUUGGCCAGGACUUGCAUGGCAUCCUGGAUGCCUUCGAGGUGCGGACAGCGUUGGCUCCCCGCCAGCAGGCAGUUCUAGUUGGAUGGGGACUCCUCCAACCUCCCUACUACAAUUACUACUAUCCCAGGGCGCUGAAAUACGCCUUGUUGGGUCAGCGUUUGGCCAGUGCCUUGGUCCAGGCUUUCGACGACGAGGGAUGGAACCGUCACCCACAAGCCACCUCCCCGUGGAAUGAGCUGACCAUGGCGGGAUAUCGGAACGUCAGCGAAUGCCAGCGGGCUCAGUACAGUAGCUAUUUGUACAAUGAACCAGGAGAGUUCCGGAAUGUCACAAGGCUUAGGGAAAUCAUAGCCGAGAGCAGUGGUCUCAACAUUGCCUUCAAGGCCUAUUUGGAGUGGCUGGAGCUGCAGGACUACAGGCUGGGUCCCCUUCUCCAAAAGGAAACUCUUCCCCAGCUGAACUUCAGCAACACGCAGCUCUUCUUUCUCUACUUUGCACAGUCACGGUGCUGGGCGAAGGACAACCAGGAAGGCAUCCUGGACUCGAUGCCUCUGAUGCAACACACACCGGAGCGUUGGGACGUGAAUGGACCACUGAGCAACAAUGCGGAGUUCGGACGAGAGUUUGGUUGUGCUCUGGGCACGCCGAUGAAUAGCGGAGACAAGUGCUUGGUUUACUGAUGCCAAUGAAAAAAAAAAAAACUAGAAAAUAAAUAUGAUACAACUGGA